GUAUUCCGAGCGGAUGUGACGCAGCAGCAGGAGUGUGACCCGAGGAACCUCAAACAUGCGUCAAUCCCGAAAAAAUAAACCACCAAAUAUCGGAUUAUUAUUUUAAACCGUAAUUCAUACUCCAAAAACUACCCAUGCUAUAAAUUAAGGAUAUAAUAAAUCAGAUAAUCCAGCAGGGACUCAUGUGUUUGUCUUGUGGAGCCCUGUAUAAUCCAGCACCUCUCCAUGGAUUAAGCACGGAGAAAAGCUGAAUCAAAUCAUUCUGCUCGAGGAAGGUUGCGGCACCGGUUCAACAUGCCCCUUCCGUUCGGAUUAAAACUCAAGAGAACCAGAAGAUACACGGUGUCCAGCAAAAGCUGCCUGGUUACUCGCAUACAGCUGCUCAACGGCGAAUAUGUGGAGUUCACGCUUUCGGUGGAGAGCACGGGCCAGGAAUGUCUUGAGGCAGUUGCGCAGAGACUCGAGUUACGCGAGAUAACAUACUUCAGCCUCUGGUACUACAACAAACAAAACCAGCAGAGAUGGAUUGAUUUGGAGAAGCCGCUGAAGAAACAGCUUGACAAGUACGGGCUGGAGCCGACCGUUUACUUUGGGGUGGUUUUCUACGUGUCGACUGUCACCCAGUUACAACAAGAGAUAACCAGAUAUCAGUAUUAUCUCCAGCUGAAGAAAGACGUUCUGGAGGGGAAGAUCCCAUGCUCCAUUGAGCAAGCCAUCCAUUUGGCAAGCUUGGCUGUGCAAGCUGACCUAGGAGACUUCAAUCGAUAUGACUCCCAGGACUUCCUUCAGAAAAUUGUGCUGUUUCCAAUGCCAUGGAUUCAGGACGAGAGGGUUGUGGAGGAGGCCACUCAAAAAGUCGCCAUGCUCUAUCAAAACUAUCGAGGUCUUUCUGCACCAGAGGCGGAGUUACUCUACAUGCAGGAGGUGGAGAAGAUGGAGGGGUACGGGGAGGAGAGUGUCCAAGCGAAGGACACUCAGAGCACAGAUGUGAUUAUCGGCUCUUGUCAGGACGGCAUUUUUGUCAAGCACAAAAAUGGGAAAGCACCUCUGAUGUUUCGGUGGAAUGACAUUAAUAAUAUGACUCAUAAUAAGUCCUUCUUUGCCCUGGAGCUCGCCAACAAAGAAGACACAAUCCAGUUCCAGACCGAAGACAUGGAGACGUCCAAAUACGUGUGCAGAAUGUGGUUGGCGCGACACAAGUUUUACAAAGUUAACAACAGCAGUUUACAAACUCAGCCCGCUCCUGUAAACCCAGUAAGGCGACGCUCCUCUACGAGAAUGUCUCUGCCAAAACCGCAACCCUACAUGAUGGCACCUCAGAUGCACUUUAACGGCCAUUACACCGAACCAUACACGUCUUCGCAAGAUAAUCUUUACAUCAACAACCAGAAUGGUUUUUACUACCAUUCCCAAACCAGUCUGGACCGCUCUCCGCACGAGUACAACGGACGGAUCCGUAACGGCAGCGUUUACAGCGCCCAAAGCACCAGCUCCCUCAACAACCCACAGCAUUACCUACAACCCUCGCCCAUGUCCUCCAACCCGAGCAUCACAGGUAGUGACCUCAUGCGACCAGACUACGUGCCUUCCCACCGACACAGCGCCCUAAUCCCACCGUCCUACCGCGCCACGCCCGAUUACGAGACCGUCAUGAGGCAGAAGAACCUCGGUAUGAUCCCGCCCUCCGAGCGCCAGAGCCACUCCAUGAGAAACCUCAACAUCGGGAACUCAUACGCCUACAGCCGACCGGAUCCGCUCGUUUACAGCCAACCGGAGAUCCGCGAGCACGGAGCGGGCCAGUAUCCGUUCCACCUCAACUACAGCUUCCACAGUCCCUCUCCGUACCCCUAUCCCACCGAGAGACGGCCCGUGGUGGGCGCCGUUAGCGUCCCCGAACUCACUAACGUCCAGCUCCAGCAGGCACAAGAGUACCCGGCGCCCAACAUCAUAAGGAAUCAGGUUUACUGGCCGCCUCCACCGUAUCCCUACCCUCAUCCUCGACCCGCCAACAGCACCCCGGAUCUGUCCCGUCACCUGUACGUCAGCAGCAGUAACCCGGAUCUCAUCACUCGCCGCGUGCAUCACUCAGUGCAGACCUUCCAGGAGGACAGUCUUCCCGUGGCUCACUCGCUGCAGGAGGUGAGCGAGCCUCUCGUCACGCCGCGCCGUCCUCACAUGCACAAGCGCAACUCCAUAGAGAUCGCCGGGCUGGCGUACGGACUGGAGAACAUGAGGCUGAAGGAGAGGAAGGCGAGUAGUGUAUCCGCAUCAGCGGCCGAGACUCCGCCCCCGGUUGCCCAGGCGAUGACCCCUACGGCAUCUGGCUCCGACAUCAAUGUCGUCCUGGAGGUCCCGAAGCCUGAGGACGUGGUCAUCAAGGAGGACGUGUUCUACGGCCACAAAAAAUCCCUGUCCGACGCCACGAUGUUGGUGCACAGCAGCGGUGAGGAAGAAGAGUUUGAAGACGACAGUGGGCGUCACACACCCCAGUCUCAGGAUGCUGUGGGCGGUCCUGAGCGUCACAUGACACCGCUGGAGCGGUCUCUCGUAGAGCCGCCCGCUUAUCCGUUCAGCCACGGUAUGGACACGGUCCCGACGGGCUCUCUCGCGUACCAGGCCCAUCCGAUCAUCCGCAAACCGGAGGAUGUGGGGCAGCUUCCCCCUCUUCGAGAGCCCGGACACAUGAUGCCCUCGGUUUCAGAGGGGGAUCUGAGCGGACAGGGACGCUUGAGACAGAAGAGAGACCUCUUUAAGAGACCCGUCUCUGACGUUCCACCCGCGAGAAGGAACAUCGAUGGCCUUCCGCCUGCAGGCAUGAAGAAACGCUCGGAGGUCAAGAAGGUGGGACCCCUGAAGCUGGCGGCUCUGAACGGCCUGACUCUGUCCAGAAUGCCACUGCCCGAUGAAGGCAAGGACGACCCGGAGAACGCGUCUAAUGAUGAGAGGUGUAAGAUACUGGAGCAGCGAGUGGAGCAGGGGAUGGUGUUCACCGAGUACGAGCAGGUGCACAAGAAGCGGCCCAGCUGUGAGUGCACUAUCGCUCAGAUGCCCGAGAACAGCGACAGGAACCGCUUCCAGGAUGUGCUGCCCUACGACGACACGCGUGUGGAGCUGGUGCCCACCAAAGAGAACAACACGGGCUACAUCAACGCCUCACACAUCAGGGUUACGGUCAGAGGUAAAGAGUGGAGUUAUAUCGCAUCUCAGGGUCCGCUUUCCAGCACCUGCCAAGACUUCUGGCAAAUGGUUUGGGAACAAGGAGUUGCCAUCAUCGGCAUGGUCACAGCAGAGGAGGAAGGAGGUCGUGAGAAGAGUUUCCGCUAUUGGCCUCGUCUGGGUUCUCGCCACAACACUGUUACUUAUGGACGAUUUAAGAUCACCACGCGCUUCCGUACGGACUCGGGGUGCUACGCCACAACGGGCCUGAAGAUCAAACACCUCCUCACAGGACAGGAGCGCACCGUCUGGCACCUGCAGUACACCGACUGGCCCGAUCACGGCUGCCCCGAGGACUUUAAAGGGUUUCUUUCGUACUUGGAGGAGAUCCAGUCCGUGAGGCGACACACCAACAGCUCCAGCGACCCAAAGAACACAAACCUGCCGGUUCUGGUGCACUGCAGUGCCGGGGUGGGACGCACUGGUGUGGUCAUUCUGUCUGAGAUCAUGAUAGCUUGUCUGGAACAUAAUGAGAUGCUGGACGUCCCGACUGUUCUGACUUUGCUGCGACAGCAACGCAUGAUGAUGGUGCAGACGCUCUCACAGUACACCUUCAUCUACAAAGUGCUCAUUCAGUUCCUGAGAAACUCCAGACUGAUCUGAGACCAGCGCUGGCUCAUGUCCCAUGAGCCCUCUCACGACCUCUCAGUCCGCCGGAGCCGUGAACGCAUCGCAUCGGACCGGCGCCGGCGCGGCUUGGCUUCCUCACAGUAUUAGUGACGGGGCAAGUAUGAAGGACACUGCGCCGCGCUCUCUUUAUCCAGUAUUAUUCACAGAUUUCCCUGUGGGCUUGUACACGUGAUCGCGGACGUCAGUCCCAGCACUUUUAUUUUGCUGUACAUAGACGCGAAUGACGCAGCUCUGUUAUUUAAUAUGAUGCGCUGAACUGCAGUGGUUCUUUUAUACCGGGUUCCUCGUGGAUUUUACUAGUUUACGCAUGAAGGUUUAGCACGCCAAAACGAAAACGACGUGUGUGGAUUUCACUUCAGUAGAAAUGAUCGGGUGAAUCUCACGAAAAGCCCCCAAAAAUAUUAAUAUGAUGGACAAUGUGUUCAAUUUUCAUGAAAGUAAAGGCAAAAUGUACAAAAAAAAACCUUGCUUUUCUAAAUGCU